UAUGAAGCCUUCACGUAUACCUUUAAGAGCAUUUGGUAAUGCAGUCUAUCAAUAACCUAUGGAAUAACGGCAAUUACGACCUUCUUCCAUCCAAUAAACUAUGGAACCAAGAUAAAUAAUGAGAUGUGUUUCUUAAGAUUAAAAAUUACCUUACAAACCUUUAUAAUAUGUUCAAUAUCCUCAAUAAAGGUAAUUUACUUGAAUUUAUUGUAUAUUAGAGGUUCAAAUCCCCCAAUUAGAUAACCACUUUAAGAGACUGUUGCUUAUUAUCAAUAAUAAUAAUAAUAUUAAUAGAGUGUACCAUUAAAAACUGAAUAAUUGAAUAAGGCAUCCUUAAUUUAAGAACUUAGUAAGGUUCAAUCUUAAGCUUAAUUGAAUUUAGUAUAGUAAGAUGAUAUAAAUUAAUCAGCAAUAAUUAAACAAUAAAAUGAACAAAUUUAAUAAUUGUAAACUCAAUUAUCUGAAAAAGUUCAUUAAUAUUAAUAAUUGUAAGAGAGAUUUAAUGUAGAAUUCAGAAAGUUUUAGGAUGAUUUAAGACAUAAAUUAACAAAUAUUGAUUUGAAUAUCACUUAGAAUGAUUACACUUAAUAAUUUAUGUUGGAAAUUGAUAGAAAAGUAUCAAAUCUUUAAAAUAAUUUAAAUGAAUAGAUUAAGGAAUUGUAAGAGAAUUUUGAAUAAAAAACUAAAUAGAGUGAACAUUUAGUUAAAAAUCUAUCUUCAAAUACAUCUUUAAGAUUAAAUGAAGAUGAAUAACAUUUUAAACAAGAGAUUGAGAAUUUAAAUUCAAAAUUGAAUUCUAAAGCAGAUAGAUAAAAAGUAGAAUAAACAAUUUAAGUAUAAAUCACUUCAUUAUAAAAUUAAUACUAAUUACAAUUGUAAUAAGCUCAUUAAUUAUUAAAUAAAAUAAAUAAUGAAAAAAGUGAUGAAUUAAUAUAAAUUAAAAAUUAAAUACAAAAUACUUUAUUACAUUUAACAUAAUAAGUCAAUUAAAAAUUAUAACAUAUGUAUGAUACUAUAAAUGAAAGAGAUUAAGAGAAUAAUAACAAUAAACAAGAGAGUAAAUAAUUGAAUUAACAUUUUACUAAUUUAACUAAUAAAUUUAAAUAAUUAUAAUAAUAAUCUAUUGAAACUAUCACAUAAUUAAAAUAGAAGAAUAAAUAAAUUGAAAAAGAGAAACAAGACUUAAAUAAAUAAUUAACUUAACAAUAAUUUUUAGUUUCAUAAUUCUAAUCAGAAAUUACUAAAUUAAAAACUACAAAUUCUUAAUUGACUUUAUAAUUAUCUCCUUAAGCUAAAUAAAAUAGUUUCUUUUCUACUUCUACAGCAGUAGCAAUAGGAAAAUAGAAAUCAAAAAAACAAUUAUGCAUUCCCAAAAAGAAAAAUGAAAUCAGUUUGGAUGAUUUUGCUGAUUUUAAUGAAAAUUCAUUGAUAGAUUCUAAUGAUAGUUUUGAAAUAAAUGAAACUUGUGGUUUUAGUAAAACUAAAAAAAUUCCAUAGAUUGGAGAAUUCCAAAGUCCUCCAAGAAAUCCUUUUAAGAAAUCAAAUAAUCAUAAAAUUUUAAAUGAUGAUAUUAUUGAUUAAGUAUCUUGUAAAAGUAGAGGAAAGUCAGCACCAUUACCAAUGAUGAAUGCUUUAACUAAAGCAAUUAAAAGAAGUAUAUUAUAAUCGAAUUAAUUUUGAUAGGAUUGCUUUAUUUAGGUAAAAAUGAUAGAAUUUUGACAUGUACUUAUGAUUCAGAAUAACAUUUAAUUGAUAGUGAUAUGGGAUUAUGUUUAUUAGAUGAGAAUGGUUCUCCAUUUGUUGUUAGUGAAUAAGAAAAGGCUCAAUUAAUACAAAUGAAAUUGAUUAGGAUAAAUUGA